UUAAUUUAAAACAGUGGGGGUGUAGAGUUUACUAUAUUUUUACUACAGUACGAGUAACACUUUACAAUUCUGUAUAAUAUCAUGAGAUUUUUAACAUUAAAAUAGAGUCUCAUCUCUUAGUCGGACAAUAAUAGUUACAUUGAACGUUAUUAAAGUAUCUUAUAAUUUCAUUUUUAUUUCUAGACCUUUACAUAUAAUAAAAUAUUAUCUUAAAAUGAGAUUUAUCGUGACUAUUCUGCCACUAAUAAUAUUUAGUUGUAUUAAAUGUGAAUCAGAUAGAUGCUUUCAUCAAGACGAUCAUCCUUAUCCAUUUUUUGCAUCAAAAACUGCAUACAGUUAUGUGUCAGCCAAACAAAACUACACGCAACCAAAUUGUAAGACAUUGCAAUUGUGGUUAUUGUCCAGGCAUGGAACUCGAAAUCCCGGAAGAGAUUCUAUAGAUAACAUAUCAAAUUUAAACGAGUAUAAAAAUAACAUAACCAAUAAUUCAAGUUUAUGUAAAGAAGAUUUUGAGGCGAUCAAAACAUGGGUUUUUAAUUUGACUGAAAAAGAUCAAAAUAAACUUAAUAGUCAAGGUGUUAUUGAUUUGUCAUCUUUGGGAUUAAGACUUCAAAGUUUAUACAAAGAUAUAUUUGACGAACCUUAUAAUCCUAUAACGUAUAACGUGUUAUCAACGACAAAAGAAAGAUCACGGGAUAGCGCAUUUUACUUUUUAAAAUCUGCCUUUAAUGUGAAUGUUACGGAUAUACCAUUAAUAAACAGCGAUGAUAUAAAAUUAAACGUGUCUAAAUUUCAAAUUGUAAAUGAUAACAAAGAAUUAAAACAAUUUCGUAGUAGUAUACACAUACAAGACGUAAUUGCCAGAGUAUCGAAGAUUUUGGGACUGGAUCAUAAUCUGGCGUUAAGUACAAUAAAAGCUAUGUACAACUCGUGUCGAUACGAAAGAUCGGUGGACUUAAAUUCUCACCCAGCUUGGUGUGCCGUAUUUUCUCAAGAAGAUUUAGAAGUUCUUGAGUACGAUGAAGAUUUAAAGUAUUACUACUUAAACGGGUAUGGCGACUCAUAUAACGAAAGACUUGGCUGUCCGAUUGUGAAAGAUCUCAUAAAUAACUUCAGUAAUAAAUCUCGAACACAACACGGGCCAAAAGGAGUGUUUUAUUUUGGCCAUUCAUCGAACGUGUUUAGUGCAAUUGUUAGACUAGGUUUUGCCAGAGACACAACACCUUUGCUAAGUUCAAACUUCAAUGAUAUGCGAGAUAGAAAAUGGAAAUCAUCAUAUUUGAGUCCUUUUGCAUCAAAUGUGAUGGCCGCACUUUACGAAUGCCACGGGGAGAAAAAAGUAACAUUUUUUGUCAAUGAAGUUCCAAUGAUGGUUGAGAAGUAUGGAUGUACUUUGUGUCCAUGGACAUUGAUCGAAAAUAUGUUUGAUCCCAUUGUAUCUAGCCCAUCUUGUACGUUUAAUGAAAAUAAUUCAUCAGCUUCUAGAUUGUGUGCAGCAUCGAAUAUACUCUUUCUAAUUUGUUUAUUAAAUUUUGUUUAUUAUUCGUAGAGCUUUCUACUAAAAAAAAUUAUAGCUCAAUUAUCUUCAUAACAUUUAAAAAAAU